UUUGGGAUUCAAACGGUUUUCUUGGGGCAGCCACUGUGGGGAAAUCGUUCUCCACCAUUGUUUUUGUUUCCGUCAAUUCCGAGCGAAAAAGAUAUUGAUUGCGUUUUUUGUUUUUCCUUCUUCGUCCAAAUGAAACCAAGAUUUUCCCCCUCCCUCCUGAUCUGAUACUCUUUGGAGGAAGGAGGAGAUAGGAAAAGGGAUGGGGAAAGUUCUCUUUUCGUAAUCGGCCUCAUUGGCGAUAUUUGUCUUCUCCCUUAUUUCACUGGAAUCGUCCAUGGAUCUGAGUGGGCUUUUAGUUCUGUAGGUGGAGAAAAGAAAGCCAAAGGCAAAAAAAAAUGAAAAUAAAAACAAAAUAAAAAGAUGGCUUUUUGCGACCCAUUUCUUGUUCUUUGUUGAAGUCUGGGGAUCUUCUUCUCACGCUUUAGUUCCUGGCCGUCGGAACAAAAGUGUUACUAGAUUUCGAUUUCACGUCCCGGCUCCCUUGAUCUCGUUUUGCUUCGGACAACCAGACAUUCGUGAGGCUGUAUGUCGCCUCCGGAGGAAAGGUUUUACCGGAUGCCUUUGUAAUCGCUGAUGACUCAGAGAGAGAGAGAGAUUUAUAUUAUAAGCGCUUUCUUGUUUUUGAGUUUCUCAGAAUCUUAUAGAUCUUCAAACCAAGCUUCGCCCGUUUUCUCCUGAUCCCACGAGCCCCACAACUUUUGGAUCUUGGUGUCGCGAAAGGGUGGUCGAAAUGUCUUUUAAGAGCCUCGUCCGUGAGCUGAAGGAGAUGAGGGACGGGAUGGGGAGCAUGUCUAGGAGAGGGGGCAGAGGAGGAGGUGCCCCGGAAGGGACGAUGACCGGGCAUGGCCGUGGAUGUGAUCAGCACCCUUGGUCCCAUCAACGGGAUCUGGAGCAGCGGCACCAGCAGCAGCACCAGCAGGGUAGGUGGGCGAACCUGCCUCCUGAGCUGCUGCUGGACGUCAUCCGGCGGGUGGAGGAAAGCGAGGUGUCGUGGCCGGCGAGGUGGCACGUGCUGGCGUGCGCGGCCGUGUGCCAUUCGUGGCGGGACAUCACGAAGGAAGUGGUCAAACCCCCCCAGCAAUGUGGCCGGAUCACCUUCCCCAUCUCCCUUAAGCAGCCUGGGCCACGAGAUAAUCCAAUUCAAUGCUUCAUCAGAAGGGAGCGAGCGACAUCCACCUUCCGCCUGUACUUGGGUCUCAGCCCAUCACUGCAUGGACAGAACGACAAGCUUUUGCUAGCAGCCCGCAAGAUCAGACGUGCAACGAGCACCGAUUUUGUGAUUUCACUGACCACCGAUGAUUUCUCUCGAGCUAGCAGCAGCUAUGUUGGAAAAGUGAGGUCGAACUUUCUGGGAACCAAGUUUACAGUUUAUGACAGCCAGCCUCCUUGUGAUGCUGCGGUCUCUUCCGGCAGCCGAUCAACCCGAAGGAUCCAUUCCAAGCAAGUUUCACCAAGAGUGCCCGCUGGCAAUUACAACAUCGCUACCAUCGCUUACGAACUCAAUGUCCUGCGAACUCGAGGGCCAAGAAGAAUUCAGUGCACCAUGCACUCUGUUCCCGUCUCCUCCAUCCAGGAAGGGGGGAGCGUCCCAUUUCCCACCAGUUUCAUUCACUCCAUCAGCGAACAGCUCCCCAGCUUAGCAGUUGCAAAGGGCAAGGAACCUGUGAUCGAUUUUUCUUCCACCAGUCUCACCGAAUCACGGGCACCUGUCCAGACCAAUGGGGCGCCACUCAUGCUAAAGAAUAAAGCCCCGAGAUGGCACGAGCAGCUUCAGUGCUGGUGCUUGAACUUCAGAGGGCGAGUCACGGUGGCUUCCGUCAAGAAUUUCCAGCUCGUGGCUGCCGUGGAUCCUUCCUACCACGUUUCCCUUGCAGAGCAAGAAAAAGUCAUUCUCCAGUUUGGGAAAAUAGGAAAGGACAUUUUCACCAUGGAUUAUCGAUAUCCACUCUCCGCGUUCCAGGCAUUUGCAAUUUGCUUGACGAGCUUCGACACUAAGCCAGCAUGUGAAUGAAGGAACACUCAAAGGAGGAGUGAUCGUUUUAUCAAAUGCAAAUCUUCGCACACAUGCGUGUGUAAUGUGCUCUUGUGCAUUUCCCUGAUCGACCACCUACAAGUAGAAUCACCUUCCGAGUGAUUCAUUCUCAUCAUCGCCCGAAGAACAUUUGUUGUAAGUCAAAUCUUUCCUUUUUUUUGUGGCUGAUCAAGGAACUUGACUCAUGAGUAUUAUUCGAAGAGCCUCAAUGUAUGAUAAUACAUUAUCCUAGUUGGUGGUCCAAGUAAUUGCUUUGUUAGAAAUCAUUAAGCCUCA